AUGGGUGAGGUGAGUCCAGCCGUGUUGGCACAUUUGUUCUACGACUUGGCCAAGAGUGAGGCCAGUUUUUUAGGUCUCUUGCGGCUUUGGCAACUGCACGAUCCAGGAUGUCCCAACUUUGAUGAGGGCAAGCUGCAGCCAGUCACCGAAGAACUGCAGAGGCUGUUCCGAGACUGUUUCCGCAGGAAGAGAUCGGCGAAGAGACUUCCUGGAUUCAUUUGGGCCCUGCCACUGGGUGGCCUCGUGGAUUUGUUGGGACUUUGUGGUGACCCCCGAGAUCUUGUGCCACACCAUGCAAGAAGCCAGCAAAAGGGAGAUGGGACGCCAUCAGCUGGGCCUGGGAUGGCUCUUGGCACGCAGCUUCAACUUGGGCAAGGGAGGAACAGCACGUGCUCAAAUGCAGCUGGAUGCAUUGUGGCGCUUGGUCAUGGAAGACCUGGAGAGGGCGGAGCCGGCGGCCAGCGAAUUUCGAAGGUGGCGGAGGUUCUGCUAUGUCCUCGGGAUGUUGCUCCUGAUGAUCACUUUGCCGAUCUCCUUGCCAGUCUCCAUUGUUCACACCAGCUCAUGGGUCAACCAGAAGCUCGUACACCUCAUGCUGCUGAUCUUCUGGGCAUGACCUACUCGUGGUGGGCCAGGGAGGAUUUCUGCUGGGAACCUCUGCUGCGAAUCCUGCUCGCCGUGGCCCUCAGCGUGGUCUUUGCACUCAUGACUGUUACUACCUUGGAGCCUCGUGUGCACGGCUGGGUAUCGACCUUGAAGCCACGGAUCCCCUUGAUGGAAGCACGACUGCAUCUUGAACUCUCCAGAGCCUGA